AGCCACAUCAUGAGAGAGAGUGUGGAGGAAGAAGAGGAUGCUGCUGCGACCCUGAAGGAGCCAAAACCGCCUGAGAUCCCAAGAGUGGUGUCCAGCCUCCAGUCUCUGAAGAGUAACCAGUCCAUGAGCCAUCGUAUAGUCUUCAGUCUUGAAACAGGCUCUCCAAGCUCUUCACUUGUCCUGCAGGUUCCUGUCUCCUCUCCAACCUGGGACCAGUGCUGUUCUACCUGCAGCCACCCUCAGUGCGAGGCAGAACUGCGCAUCCACAGCUGUCUCCAAAAUGACUACAAGAGCAGUCUGGAGCAGAGAUUUGAGAGUGUGUCUGAAGGAGCUGAGACAGGAAGUAGAACUCCUCUGAACAGCAUCUACAGUGAGCUGUACAUCACAGAAGGCCUCAGUGAAGAGGCUGGUGUCCAACAUGAGGAGACUCAGCUGGAGAUCCACUCCAAGAAGAUUGUGCACGAUGUUCCCGUCAGGUGCCACGACAUCUUUAAACCAUUUCCAUCUGAUCAGAGUUCCAUUAAAGCAGUGCUGACCUGCGGCGUGGCUGGAGUGGGGAAGACCUUCUCAGUCUUGAAGUUCUCUCUGGACUGGGCCCAGGGCUCAGAGAACCAGGAGCUGGACCUGGUGGUGCCAAUGUCCUUCAGAGAGCUGAACUUGGUCAGAGAGGGGUGCUACAGUCUGAUGGAGCUGAUACAAGUGUUCCAUCCAGUGCUGGUAAAACUGAAGCUCACAGCACAUACUCUGUCCAUCUCUAAACUCCUGUUCAUCUUUGAUGGCCUUGAUGAGAGCAGACUGUUUCUGGACUUUGACUGUGAGGUCAUCUCCGAGGUCACACAAAGGUCAGAGGUCAGCGUGCUGUUAGUGAACCUCAUCAAAGGCACUCUGCUUCCUACUGCCCUUAUAUGGAUCACCUCCAGACCAGCUGCAGCCAAUCAGAUCCCAGCACAGUGUGUGCACAGGGUGACAGAAGUCAGGGGCUUCAUCACUGACCAUCAGAAAGAGCAGUACUUCAGGAAGAGGUUCACAGAUGAAGAGCAGUGUAAGACAGUCCUGUCUCACAUCAGAACCUCUCGCAGCCUCCACAUUAUGUGCCAGAUCCCAAUCUUCUGCUGGAUCACAGCCACAGUCCUGGACCACAUGUUGGAAACCAAUCAGAGCGAAGAGCUGCCACAGACACUCACCGAUAUGUACGCCCACUUCCUGUUAGUGCAGACCAACAGAAAGAGGAAGUACACAGCCCAGAACAGCAGUCCAGAGCUGAGCACAGCUGACUGUGAGCUGCUCCUGAAGCUGGGCAGACUGGCCUUUAAACAUCUGCAGAAAGGAAACAUCAUGUUCUACCAGGAAGACCUGGAGCAGGUGGGUCUGGACCUGACCGAGGUGUUGGUUUACUCAGGACUCUGUACAGAGAUCUUCAAACGAGAGACUGUCCUCUUCAACAAAUCUGUCUACUGCUUCAUCCACCUGAGUGUCCAGGAGUUUGUAGCAGCAGUUUACCUGCUCCACUGCUUUAAUUGUAAAAAAGAAGAGAUGCUGCUUGCUUUUCUUAAAUUCUUGAAAAAAGAAUCAACUCUAGAUGACUUUCUCAGGGCAGCUCUGGAGGAAGCUCUCCGAAGUCCUAACGGCCACCUGGACCUGUUUGUGCGCUUCCUUCAUGGCCUUACACUGGAGUCAAACCAGAGGCUUCUGCAAGGUCUGCUGGGCCCAGCACAGAUCACUUCAGAGAUGAGACAAAGAGUGAUCUGCAACCUGAAAGAGAUGAAGACCAAAUCCUCUCCAGACAGAAGUAUUAACAUCUUCCACUGUUUGACAGAAUUAAAUGACCACACGGUCAACCAGCAGAUCCAGGACUUCCUAAAGUCAGAGGACAGGUUAGAGAAGCUGUCUGUGACCCAGUGCUCAGCUCUGGCCUACAUGCUGCAGAUAUCAGAGCAGGUCCUGGGGGAACUGAUCCCAAUGAAGUACAACACGUCUGGUGAAGGACGACGGAGACUAGUUGCAGCUGUGAGAAACUGCAAAAGUGCUCAAUUUUCUCAUUGUGAACUCUCAAAAAUUCACAUCGAAGUGGUAGCGUCUGCGCUCAAGUCCAGUCUCUCUCACCUGAGACUCUUGGACCUGAGCUAUAAUACAGUUGUGAAGUCAGAAAUACUAGUGUUAUGUGAUGGACUACAAAAUCUUAACUGUCGUUUGGAGACUCUCAGGCUGAAAAACUGUUGUUUGUCAGAGUCCAGCUGCUCUUCUCUAGCCUCAGCUCUGAAGUUCAACCCCUCAUAUCUGAGGGAACUGGAUCUGGGGCGCAACAGAGAAAUGAAGGACUCAGGAGUAUCUCAUCUGUGUGCUUUUCUGAAGAGUCCAAACUGUCGACUGGAGACUCUCAGAUUAUACAAGUGCAGAUUCACAGAGACCGGCUGUUCCUCUCUGGCUUCGGCUCUGAAGUCCAACCCCUCACAUCUGAGAGAACUGGACCUAGGGGGUAACACAGACCUGAAGGACCCAGGAGUGUCUUAUCUGUGUGAUUUUCUGCAAAGUCCAGACUGCCAACUUGAGACUCUCAGAUUGAGCAGCUGCAGAUUGUCAGAAAUCAGCUGUCACUCUCUUGCCUCAGCUCUGAAGUCCAACCCCACACAUUUGAGAAAACUGGACCUUGGAGAUAACAGAGAUCUGUCUGAUUCAGGAGUGUCUCAUCUGUGUGAUUUUCUGCAGAGUCCAAACUGUCAACUGGAGAGUCUCAGAUUGUAUGAGUGCAGUUUGUCACAGAUGAGCUGUUCCUCUCUGGCCUCAGUUCUGAAGUCCAACCCCUCACAUCUGAGAGAAGUUAGCCUAGAGGGAAACUACCUGAGGAAGAGCCACAUCCGGGAGCUUCAGCAGAGACUGGAGAAACUGUUCUACUGAUGAUGACCGACCUGG